AUGACACGAAGAAUGCUGGACAACUAUCGAAGAGGACGAACAGUUGUGCCGGAUAUCGCUUGCAACAGGCAUAUUAAAUUUGACCGCCUCCAUCGCCAUGCAGUAGAAGAACUUGGAGCUGAUCUUGUUGCCACAGGACACUAUGCGAGCACAUCAUACGGGGACUUUCAGGAAAACCGACAAUCAGGAUCAGGAGUUAAACUUCUAUGUGGAACUGAUCCGCUGAAAGAUCAGACAUACUUCUUGUGCACCUUGAAUCAAGAACAACUGAAACGAGCUAUGUUUCCGCUUGGAUCAUUCACGAAAACGGAAGUUCGCCGGAUAGCACGGGAUCAGAGCCUGGACGAAAUCGCUGAUAAGCCUGAGAGUAUGGGUAUUUGUUUUGUGGGGAAGAGAAAAAAUUUCGAGGAUUUCAUUGACCAGUAUAUCGAGCCGUGUCCGGGCGAAAUCCUCACCCUGGAUGGAAAACAUCUUGGUCAACACGAGGGCGUUCACCAUUUCACAUUAGGAAAACGAAUAGCCAUACAAGGGUCCCACCUUGGAUAUUUCGUAGCUCGAAUCGACACCGACAACAGGAUUGUCUAUGCGUGUGAAAGCUCUCAUCAUCCCUCACUGUACGCGACGGAGUUUUGUGUCUCAGAGCCACAAUGGAUAAACAGAGACCCACUGGCCGAUGGAGAGGAAACGACACUUGAAUGUCGAAUUCAGCGAACACAUCAACCAAUCAGAUGCUAUGUGAAGCGUUUUGGAAAGAAUCUGCUUUCGAUUAGACCGGUAUUUCCACUGAGAGCUGUAGCUGAUGGGCAGGUAUGUGUAUUCUACGAUGGCAGGGAGUGUCUAGGAGGAGGUGAAGUGGAGAACGUUAUCUCAACGCUCAAAUACUGA